UGCCCCUUCCCCAGAGCCGGGCUGAGUCCCCGCCGCCGGCUGCGCUCCGCGGGGCCGCUGCCCCUCCGACAAAGGAGGUGGAGAAGCAGAGGCGGGGGGACGGCGAGGAGGAGGGGAGGGGGACGCGGCCGCUCCGUCCGGAUGCUGUGAGCCCCCGCUUCGCCCGGCAGCGCGGAGGGAAGCCGAGGAGCAGCCGCGGCGCUCCGCCACCAUGGGCUGCUGCACGGGGCGCUGCACGCUCAUCUUCCUCUGCUCGCUGCAGCUGCUGGCAGCAUUAGAGAGACAGAUCUUCGACUUCCUUGGUUUCCAAUGGGCUCCUAUCCUUGGCAAUUUCUUACAAAUAAUAGUAGUAAUUUUGGGUUUAUUUGGAACCAUCCAGUUUAGGCCUCGAUAUAUAGUUGUGUACACGGUGUGGACUGCCCUGUGGGUCACCUGGAAUGUUUUCAUUAUCUGCUUCUAUUUGGAAGUAGGCGGACUCUCUAAGGAAACUGAUCUCAUGACCUUUAACAUUUCAAUGCACCGUUCUUGGUGGCGAGAGCAUGGGCCUGGCUGCAUACGAAGGGUGGUGCGUCCUUCUUCUCCUGGCAUCCUAGAUGAUUACUCCUAUGUCUCUGUGACAGGCUGCAUAAUUGAUUUCCAGUACCUAGAGGUCAUUCACAGCGCUAUCCAAAUACUCCUCUCCCUGAUUGGAUUUGUGUAUGCCUGUUACGUGAUCAGUAUUUUCAUGGAGGAAGAGGACAGCUUUGAUUUUAUAGGCGGACUUGACACAUACUCCUACCGACAGCCCCCCCAGGAACAUGUUGAGUUAAAGCCUGUAAAGCCUGUCGAACUAAAUAAUGAACUCAAGACUUCUGCUGUUGUAGCUGAAGAAACAGAUGUUAGAAGAAAAGACCAACCUUGUGACUCAUUGUUCUGGAAGAAACGCAUCGUCCGUUUCUCACAGCGUGUGGAUUGUUCUUCCCACAGGCUCAGUGUCAUUAUCAGCGUUGUUAUUUGGUAGAUCCUUGUAGAUGAUCUUGAAUUUUUGAAUGAUUUACUUAUAUGGACACUUGUAAAUUGUAAAUUUUUUCUUUUUUAAUUUUAAUAUUUUUACAACAUUUAAUGUUAAGGCAUGAAAACAAAACCUGUGAAAACUAUGAGAAGGAUGCAUCUUUCUCAAGGAAGUCAGUAUUUUUUAACUGAUAGAAUCAUACUGUGCCUGGUAAAAAUCGUGUCAGUGAUUUGGACUCCAAAAAAUACAGCGGGAGUUAAAUCCUAAUGGUGCAGAGGAGCUCAUUUCAGUGCUGUAUUUUGAAAUUCACAGUAUUCAUUGCUUGUUUUUUUUUUUUUUUUU